AUGACGACCGAUUCAAAUUGGCGAGCGAAGUUUUCCAACUUUGUCCGAAACGAUGUACCUGAGUCUUCUUCCUCGUACGAGCGUUCCGCAAACGCGCUUUCGAGAUUGAUUUCCAAUCCACACACCUUCGGCGUCCACUGGAACGACAUACAAAACAACCCGGAAAAGUUUUUCCUCGCGCACGAACUUCUCGCAAAGAGAUCUCCAGAGCUCGGCCCCGGGUUUUGGAUACGGUUUACCGUGCACUUCAACUUAUUCGCCGGAACGGUGGUCGCGUUAGGGUCGAAAGAGCAUUUCGAAACGCUGGAGGAAGCGAGCAAAAGAGGAGAGAUUGGGUGUUUCGCCUUGACGGAGAAAUACGCCGGGGUGAACUCAGGUUUAGUGGUGGAAACGACCGCGGAAUACGACGAGAAAACGCGCGAGUUUGUUUUCCAGACGAGUUCAGACGGGGCGAAGAAGAACUGGAUAUCGCAAGGGUUAGUCGCGGAUUGGGCCGUUAUCGUCGCUCGGUUGAAUAUGUACGGGAAAGAUAUGGGACCGCACGCGUUUUUGUGCAGAGUGAGAGAGGAAGGGACGAAGGAAGUGAAGCGUGGGAUUGUUUUCGGGGAUAUGGGGCGAAAGACGAUUGGGAACGAUUUAGAUAACGCGUGGAUACAAUUCGAUGGGUUUCGGUGUGGAAGAGGGUGUUUGUUGAACCGGUACGCGGACGUGCGAGAGAGCGACGGCGCGUACGCGAGAAAAGGAGGAGACGUGAAUCAAAUGAGCGCGAUCGGGCAGCGUUUGUUUACCGGAAGAAUUGCUGUAGCGAAAGCGGCGUUGACGUUUUGCGAGGAAGUGUUUAAACAUACGAAAAAAUAUUCGGACGCGAAAUUAUGCGCCAUGCGAGGGUCGAAUAAGACGUUGUCGCAUGUGCCGCAGUUGAAAGCGUUGUACGAGGAAUCCGAAAAGAGAUUGAAAGAUGUUGAUAGGUUCGUAACGUUUUGUAAGAAGCGUCUGUCGCGGGUUUUGAAGGUUCGCGAAACGCCAUCGGUUGAGUUGCAAACGGCCAUCGCGGUCUGUAAAAUUCGCGCGGUUGAAACCGCCAUCGAGUUGACGUUUCGAUUGAAGCAAGAGGUUGGAUCGUACGCGUUGAUGGACGAGGCGAGUUUUAAGAACAGCGACUUUUUGCAGUGUUGCAAAUUUGCCGAAGGCGAUUCGAGGAUUCUAUCGCAAAAGUUAGCCCGGGACGCGUUUUCGGGCUUUUUGAAACAAAACUCGGCUCGGUCGAUUCGCGAGGCGUCUAUUUGCGAAAGCAUUCGGAGACAGAUCCAAAAGUAUAAAGAGGAUCGGGACGGGAAGUAUAACAAAAUCGAUGCGUGGGACAGCUGUUGGGAAGACGUGUAUGCGUUAGCGGAUGCAAUUUGCGAUCGCGUGAUGCGAGAAAAUGAUUUCGAAGGAGACGACAAUGGAAAGGACGAAAGUAGUAACUUUACGAAGAGCACUCCGUCGCUCGUCUCUCGAUUGUGA